CACGAACGCACCAGUUGCCAUGACAACAGAACACAAGUCUCGCUCGAAAUGUCAAGCCAUCCUCCGUUUUUAAGCGAUUAAGAGCAACAUUUUCCAGCGGUGGUGUAGCUCCGGACAACAGAAAGAGAGAUGUUUUCACCACAUCCUUCUAAAGGAGCAGACAGUGCUAUGGUUCCGGAGGCUGAGGUUGCUGCCAAAUUACAAAAAGCAGAAAUGAGGAGGAGGAGGGCACAGCAGAGUCCAUACAAAAUGUCAAACAACACCAUUUUUGCACUGAGUGCAGAGGAAACGGUGGGCCGAAGAGAGGAGAUGCGAAGAUUUCUGGCGCUGCCAAUUGAAGAAAAGUCAACCCACACUGCUAGAGCGCUGGCCAAGCUGAAGAAUGAGCUGGUGGGAGAACUGGAGGAGGAGAAGAGGGAGGAGGAAAAUGAGAAGAAGAAAAGUCUGAAGCAAAUCAAGAGUAAAGCAGCUCUCCUUAUUCAAAGACCGAGCACACGUGAGCUGAAAAGUACCACGACGAAAGGAGCUAAAGGAAGGAAAAGUAGAGAAGUGCAGAUAUUUAUAAAAGAACAAAUCACAAAAGAAAGCAAACAUGACUUAAUCUUCAUGGAACGACAACAAGCAGUCUUGGAGUUAUCUCUGAUGACUAAAAGGUCUGAGAUAGUGAGGAUGGAGAAGACCGUUACAGAAGAGGAAAGAAAGCUGAAACAGCUUGAAAGGCUCAUCGAGGGAGACAACCACAGGUUUGAAGAGUUUCUCAGGGAGAAUGAGAGGAAGUCAGUUGAAGCCAGAACGCUUUUUGAACGGGAGGAAAAAUCCAAACAGGAGAAGAAUGUUGUGAUUAAGAAGCUAACUGCUGAAAUAGGGACCAUUGAAAGUGAACUUGACAAGUAUGAGGAAGCUUUGAUAGACUACCAGAAAUACAGAGAGUUUCUGUUUAGGCUUUCUCCUCCAGAGUGGCAGGAAGAGCAGAAGACCAAGUCCUCAAAGACCAAAAGCUCACCUGGAAAAGACGGAGAGGAAAUCCAGAACAAGGGACCUAUGGAGAUGGGGUUGGACAGGAAGCUGUCCAGCUCAGGAAGAAAGUUGGCUCCUGUCAGAGUGACAAGGUUGUCGUCUGCUCAAAGUGACACACUAGGGAUAAAUUGUACACUGGAUUACAAUAGUUCAGAGGAUGAGCCAGAGCUUUACUUCACCGACCCCCAGCAGCUACUGGAUCUGAUGACAGAGCUGACAGAGCAGAACCUGUCCCUGAUUCAAAACUCUGCAAGGGUGGAGGAAGCGCUGGAGGAGCUCCGACAGGCUGUGGAGACAACUAGGGGGAAGAUUGAAAAAGAGGAGGAGAAGAUAGCCCUGCAGAUAAAAAAGCUGAACGAGAGACUCCACAAAGAGAAGGCGAGAGGCGUGAAGCUCGAACAGAUGGUUCAACUUCAUGUUUCACUAAGCUCAGAGGACCAAGGUGUUAUGUUGGAUGCUCUAGGUGAAAAGGUGGCAGAGGUUUAUAGCAGCUGUGUGGAGAACAGGAUAACCAAUCUCAGCACCUUGGAGAAGGUGGCAAACAUCGAAAACUGCAUCUCAUCACUGCUGCAGAGCCUUGAAAGCAUGCCUGAAGAAAGACUGGCGAUGAUUAAGAAGAUCAAGGACAGUGAGAAGAGGAGCAGGAUGCGUGAGGAAAAGCUGAUGGAGCAGAGGGAGAAACAAAAGGAACGGAUGAGGAGGUAUCUGGAGAGAUCCUUGGCUGACUCCAAGAAAAUAAGUGGGAAGAAGCUCAUGCCAAGAUACAUGCCUGCUGUCAAGAGAGUCGAGGUCCCCAACGUGGACAGCGUACCUGCUGAGGAUAGCAUGAGUGAAUACCUCUUUGGCUCUGAGGACACAGAGUAAAAAAAGCGAAAGAACGUGAUGCAGGGGAAUAGAUUUUAGAGUUGAGUUUUUUUAGAAAACAAUUUUGAAAUUCUGUUGGACUUAUGGAACGUUUAGCAUCUUUUCUGUCUUUUAUUGUUUGUCUAAGUUUUUACUACUCUUUCUGAAUUUAAAACAAUUGUAAAAACCAAAAAGGUUUAGAAAUCAUGCGUCUUACCAACACAAAGUAUUGUGUAAUUGUGAAGUGGAAGGAUAAUCAUGUAUGUUUUUUUUUUUUUUUUUACAAUUAAACAUCUGAAAACUUUUGCUUCCAUUGGCAUUUUA